CAAAACGAUCGGACGCGUUUCCGUCUCUCAUUAAUUCGGUUGGAGUGCGUUUUUUUCUUGUGCGUGUGCGCGUCCGCGUGUGUAAACUGUGCGAUCUGUUACCACGAGUUUCGGAAGAACUGUGAAAGCUUUGUGUGACAAAAGUGGGGUUUUUUUUAGUGGUAGACGCGCAAAGAAUAAUAGUGUGUGCUUCAAAUCAAGGUUCAAAUGUUGAAAAGUUGACCGACCACCUGGAGGAUACAUACGACGUCGUGCUCUCGGAUGUGUUGUUCGUUGAAUGGUGGUGAGCAGCAGCAGCAGCAGCAUAUUUGUCGCAGGGCACCCACGCAUUAGAGCCAGAGUCGUCGCGUUCGUGGUUGCGUGUUCGUCCACGGCUUACGAAACAGCCCCCCCUCCCCUCAAAGUGAGAGUAGAAUAAUUGUGACAUGUGACCUGGUAGUGAGGAAUUAUCGAUGAUUGCCAAUCGCUGUGCGGGGGCGGUGCGUGACCUCAGCCAACAACAGUCAUAAUUCGCAGCUGUUUGUGGAUGAUAGAUAGGACUCGGAAGAAAGGAAGAAACGGUUGUGUGCCACAUGAUUUGUCGAAGGUGCAUGUUCGUCUUCCUUGAAUUAAACCGGGAAAUGGUUGAUGACGGUGUAUCGAUUUGCGUGUGCGAGCUGUUGUGUGUGCCGCAAGACCAUUAAUGUUGGGGAAGCCAACCCCCUGAGGAGGGGUACCAGAGUGCCACGACAGGGCGGAGACAGGCCGUGUCCUGUGGUUUGUUAGAAUUUUCUACAUUGUCGCGCUUUGACGGCUGGCAGAAUCGAAGAGGCUGAUUAAAACAAGCAGAUUAACAGCCAGCACGAAGUUCUUGGAGGUGUCAGCUCCAAAUUGGAUGAGUGUGCGAUUGUGUGUUUUGUUUUAAGCGUUUUUUUUUAUGUGCUCAACUCAGCCAGCCAACAGAGAUACCAGAGCUGUGAUUGUGAGGUGAAAACAUAACGACAACGGCACAGAAAACGUGAUUCUGCCGAACCCCCGACCAAAUAGGAUCAUCGAACGGAGGUGUGUUUUGUGUGGGGUGUGUGGGAGAGAAGAGUGGAAGCGAAGGAAGAAAGAUACUUAGCUUUUAAACGGUCGCGUUCAGCUGGUUAUGCGAAACGUUAGAACUGGACCGAGCGGGUUGGCAGGAGCAGGAAAGCAAUCGUAAAGAUUUUGACAGCAGUAACGGAUGCGGUUGCGAAAGCGCUCGUUGUAAACAAGGCCCAGCGCCACUUGUAGCAGACAAGUCGGUCGGUUGUCGGGUGGAAAAUGGGUAACCGUGUGCAUGUCGGGAAAAAAUCACAGCCUGUGUACGUAAAAACCUGGUGCAGAAAUAGUUCACGAGGGUAGUGAAACGAAAACACAAAUAAAAGCAAAAAGAAAAAAAAAAUAAAUGAAAUAAAACAAGAGCCAGGAGAAGACAAGCAAAACAAAAAAAACGAAACAAACGACUAAUUACACACGGCGUGCCGAAAGUGUAUGCUUGCAGCACCCCCCUGACGAAAGCGAAACUGAGUGUUUUUAGUGGUUUUAGGAAAUGUUCUCGGCGCCAUUUUCGUUCUCGUUGCGAAAAGUGCCGUUGCGAAAUCGGUGCCACCGAUCGCCGUUGUCGUCGUCGCAGUCGGGGCCACCGGUGCUCCCCCCUAUGCGGAGAACCAGCGCUGACGUCACCGCGCUAAACCGCGCUGUCCAAACGCGGGACAGUCACUAGGUGAAAGGACCAAAGUCUCUCGUGACAUUUGGUAAUUAGUGUGGCGCGCGCGGGUUUGCAACCGACCACCCCAGUGCUCUUGUGUGUAAGUGUGCGCGUGUGUCUGUACGUGUGCGAGCAUUUGAGAAGAGAUUAGUACCGAUUCUAGGACAACAGAGACAGCCGCGAAGGGCGACGGAUAUUUCUGCGAGGACCGAGAGCAGGCCUGAAGGGGUCGUGGAAAUACAAGAAUAAUGCUUCUCCCGGUAGCAACGCUAUGGUACGGCUGGGUGCUGCUCGGCCUGAUGCAGCAGCGAACGGUGCUGGGAUUGGAUCCGAAGUUUGACCCAUCCACCCGGAUGCGACUGGUGCUGGUUCCUGCGGAUGCGACGGUAGGAUCGGUCAUCUACCGGCUGCGAGCCACCGACGAUGAGUUCGAGUACCCGCUGCAGUUCGAGCUGGUUGGUGACGCCGCUUCCGGCACCGUCCAGAUCGAGACGCUGCCCUGCACGCGGUUCAACUCGAUCUGCCAGGCGAACGUGAUCCUGACCCGGCGGCUCGAGGCGGGCCGCUACUACGACUUCCAGGUGUCGGUGAAGGACACCAAGGGGGGCAUGUCGGUGCAGAGCUGCUCGAUCACGGCCACCAACUUCACCACGCCGCAUGACCUCAUUUUUCCGCACAAAACGGGCAUCAUCAUGGUGCCGGAGGAUGCCAAAAAGGGAACCGAACUGGACUACGUGUUGGCCAACAAGAAUCCCCUGCUACAGAAACCGGUGUAUUUGGAGCUUUGGGGUUCGCCUCUGUUUGCCAUUCGGCAGAAAAUUGUCUCCCCGGAGAUGACGGAAGGGACCAUCUUUCUGCUGGGUCCGCUGGACUUCGAGAAGCAAGCGAUGUACCACCUGACGGUGUUGGCCAAUGAUGCGUACGCGGAACCUGGCCAAGAUUCGCGAAACAUCGCCGGUCUGGAGGUGGUCAUCAUCGUGGAAGACGUGCAGGAUGUGCCACCAGUAUUCACUGUGGCACCGCCCGUGACAAGGCUACCAACGGGAUUAAUUCCGGGAGACAAGGUGCUCCAAGUUCACGCCGAGGACGGUGACAAGGGGGUGCCGAGGGAGAUCCGGUACGGGCUCGUGUCGGAGGGGAAUCCGUUUACUUCCUUUUUCGACAUCAAUGAAACUAGUGGUGAGAUUUCCCUCCUGCGCCCACUGGAUGACAUCCUGGCGCUCACGCACGUUGGCGACCCGGUGCUAUUGACCGUAAUUGCCGAAGAGGUCAAGGUCGCCCGCGAUGAACCCCCGGCGAUGGCUACCACUGUGCAGCUGGCGUUCUUCCUGCCCGAACGGAGCAAUUCCCCGCCGUACUUCGAAAAUGAUCACUAUGUCUCCCGGUUGGAGGAAAACGCAGCCCCUGGAACGACACUCCCCUUCUCGGAUCCGUACACCCCGCGGGUAAUGGAUGACGACGCGGGCAAAAAUGGAGUAUUCUCGCUGACACUGAUAGGGAACAACGGAACGUUCGAGAUUUCUCCAAACGUGGCCGAAGGACACGCCAAUUUUGUCAUCCGCGUGAGAGACAACCAGCUGCUGGACUACGAAGCGGUGGAGUAUGUACACUUUCAGAUUGUCGCUCAGGAGCUUGGUCCGGCGACCAACCUCUCCGCCUCGGUAAACGUCACCGUCUACCUGACGGACGUCAACGAUAACGCUCCCAUCUUCGAGCAGAACGACUACAUCGUAGACCUCCCGGAGAACAUGACCGCCGGCACGCGGGUCGUCCAGGUGCACGCAACCGACGUGGACACCGGUCUGGGGGGUAAAAUCCGAUACACUCAGAUCCUCGGCCCGCACAACACCUCCCUCAACUUGGAUCCCCUCUCGGGGGUCAUCACCGUGUCCACCAACAACCACGGUUUCGACCGGGAGGCGAUGCCCGAGUACCAUCUGUACGUGGAAGCCCGCGAUGACGACGGCAUUGGGAACCGCGCCCAGGUACUGCUCGUGAUCCGUCUCAUAGACGUCAACGACGAGACUCCGACUUUCGAGAAAAGUCUGUACGAGUUCAUAAUCUCGCCGAACCUACGAAACUUCACCGUUCCGGCGUACAUCAAAGCGACCGAUAACGAUGCUGAAGCACCAAACAACGAAGUGCGCUACGAGAUGAUCUACGGCAACUACGAGAACAAGUUCGAGCUACAUCCGAUCACGGGCGAGUUGAAGCUCACCUCGGCGCUGGUUCGCAGAGCGAAGGCCGCCUCCCGCCGAAGACGCCAACUCGGAACUAGUCAGCAACAGCAGCAGCAACCUCCAGCGGACCCGGAUGUGUUCGUCCUGACCGCCCGGGCGUUCGAUCUUGGCGUGCCGGUUCGAUUCUCAACGACCACCAUUCGCAUUUAUCCACCGGAGAGUCGAACGCGAACGAUGACCUUUAUCGUACCUGGACACGAUCCCGAUCGGGCCAAAAUCCAAGAGACACUGGCGGAUGUGACCGGUGGCAGGGUGAUCAUUCAGGAGGUUCGACCAUACAACGGUAACGUUCCGGGGGCUACCGACAUCGGUGGGGACAGCAAGGAUCGCAGCGUGGUUGUGGCCACCAUCCUGUACGAUGGCGACUCCGUGGUGGACAUCGCUCGCAUUCAGCAGAAGCUGUCCGCCAACGGGACCGUGACGAACAGUAUCAGCCAAGAUGAGCGCACUGCGAUUCUCUACAAAGCGGAGAACCGGGUGCUCUUCUGGCUGCUGAUCUUCCUGGCGAUUCUGCUAGCACUGGGUGUCCUGACGCUGCUGCUCUGCUGCAUCUGUCCCUGGUGCCCACUGUACGCGGCCACGAGAAAAAGAGUAAUUAGAAUCAAUAGUAUUGAAGAUGAUGUACAUCUCGUUCAUAGAGAGCAAACCAUUGGAAAACAGUCAAAAUCUGUCCAGGUCGCGGAAUGGAUGGGACGGCGAGAAGCCUGGUCGGCGGAUAGAUCGUCCGAUUCCCGUACCAAGCCGACGCGCUGGGAAUUUAGAGGAAGACGACACGCUAACAAAGCCUCACUAGCGGCGGCGGCGACGACCACGACGACGAUGGGAGUAGGCCAUGACAACCGGGGACACACGAUCAGAGACGACGACGACGACGAUGGCGGCGAUAGCAGUGGUGGCGGCGGCGGAGUGGUAGCCGUGGUGGGCGGCGGCGUCAGCGAUAAGAAAACGAUGACCGAUGAUCGGAGUGGUAGAACGAAGGACCAGACUGUUAAGAUUAGAAACGAAUACAAAUCCAAAUCAGCGAAAGACGGCAACGGUGGUGACAGCGACGGGGGACUCCACCGCUCCCGGAGCAAUCUGCUGAACAACGAGCAGCAGCACCGGGACCGGGACGUGUACCUCGAGGAUGUGGACGACCACGAUCCGGAGUAUCAGAGCUUGAAGCGGGUUCAGCACCAUCACCAUCUCCACCAGCAGCAGCAGCAUACCCAGAUCGAUGAAGAUUCGAUGCGACGGCACGAGAUGGACCGGGGAAGUGACUUGAACUACGAGCGAAGAGGGAGCUUCAAGCGCCAAGGGAGGAUGGGUAAUCCAGCGGAUGAUACGAUCGAGCCGAGGGAUCAGUUCUACAUUAAGGAAGGUAAUGCGGAGAUUUUGCGGUUGAUUACGAGGGGUAGGAAUGAGGAGGAGAAUAUCUACGUGAAUGUGCCGCAGAGAGGGGGUCGUGGUGAUGGCGAAGGACCUGGUCAACCGCAGUAUAUAAUGGUGGAUAACGGAGGGAAGGAGAUACUGAUGAGGCGCUACAUCGAGGAACAGGCGAAUGGGAAGCAGAUCAUCCGAGAGCACUACCAACUGCUGCCGGGGACAACCUUUAUUCAGACAAUGCCGAAUGAGGUGCCGGGUGGGGGUUAUCGGGGGGAACACGUGACCGAGGUUAAGAUUGGGCAUGAACAGAAAUCGAACAAGGGAGUCGGAGACGACGAUGAGAUACAGAUAACGCAUGCCGUUUCGAACCAUUCACUCGUCCAGCAAGAGCUGGAGACUUCGUUGAAGCAACAAAACGCGCUUCUGCGGCAGAUAUUGCUGGAGAAGGAAAAGCUAGAGGAGAAGUACACCCAACAGGAUCAGGCCCUGGAGACUCAGAGUCUACCGUGUCAAUCGAUGGCCGGGGUGGCAACCCAAACGGACUGUGAAACAGCGACCCAGACGGAGCCCAUAAAGAUCGAACGGAGGCGAACCAAGAGUGAAAACGACGAUUCGUUCUCGGAGGAUGAGUACGAGUACGUGAAGUACAGUCCGCCGGAUAGUCCGGAUGAUGUUUACCUGAUCAAAAGGAAGCGAACGCGGAAGAGGACAAAGUACAAGCCGGACGGUGAGUCGAACGGGAAGUCGGGCAAGCGAUUCAUAACGGUGGAGUCGGUGAAGAGAAAGAUUAGGACCCCCAUUCAGGAGGAGGACGAACACAGGAAGUCUCCUCCGCGACACGCAGAGACCCGGGCAAGCAUUUUGAGGCGAAAACGGAACGAGGAACGGUUGAAGAAGGAUGUGCUGAUGGAGAUCUCGGACUCGCUGGAGGACAAAGAAACCAAAAAGAAAGACAAACGGAAGAAGGUGUACAAGAAGAACGUCAAGUAUUACGAAGACUCCGAUGGGUCGGAGAAGGAGGUAGUGGUGCAGAAGUACUUCUCGGCGGAUAGUCUCGAUGACUUCAACUCCGACAUGGAAGAUUACACCUAUUCGGUAACGAAAACCUCAAAAUCUGUGACGGUAUCUCCGCGGGCCGGUGUUCAGCAGAGAAUAUCCAGGAAGGAUAACAAAACGGAGACGCGAAUUCGGCUGACGACAUCCGAGUCGCCUUCCCGGUCGCACAAGGGACCCGCGCCGAAGCCUCCCCGAAUGACCAAGUCAUUGUCCAAAGAGGGCAUAGACUCGCAGGACGGAAGAGACAUUCCUGCGAAGUACAUGGAUUGGUACUACAAUCUCGGGAAGGAUGAUUCGCUUGAGAAGAAAAGUGGCAAACGGGUGGAGACCGAGAAGAAGGUCGUCCGGAAAAAGGUCGUAUCUUCAUCCUCUCGAGAGGACGACCCAAAGUUCAAACCAGAACCAAUGCCACGAACGUCACCCCCGAAAGAUGUCCGGCUGCUGAAGGAAGACAUUCAACUAGCGAAGAAAGUACAAUCGCAAGCCUCUACGGACGCGACAAGUCAUCCUCUGCUGCAACACUCGGAGCACCGCUUCGAGGCCGAGUAUGACCCCAACUCCCAGGUUGCUCCACGUCCGGAUAACCUUCCCCACUACCUGUACCCGGCCACACCUCCCAUCGUGAGUCGCGACAACAAAGUCCAGAUCAAGAUCGUCGAUUCGUCCGGUCCUAAACCGUCCCCCAUCAAGGAGAACGAAGUGAAGGAACCCCGUCCCCGCCCGGUCGAAACGACGACGACGACCGCCACCACCACCACCACAACCUCCACCACAGCCGGCACCAAAACGCUCAACGUGGCCACCCUCGAGGAUGACCACGACUCCGGCAUCGCCAUGAACUCGCUGCUCCACAACCGGAGCAAGCGGCACCCGCUUACGGACAAGAAAUCCAUCUUCACCAUCGCGUACGACGACGUGCGGAUCCGACAGAUCCGAUCCGAGAGCGAUACCCCACCCUUUUCCUAACAGCGGCGGAAGCAGCCUAAUCGGCGGCAGCACGACGAUAGGCGCCCGAGACCGGAGCAGCACAACACCAAAGCCGAACAGUACCAGCAGCAGCAGCAGCAGCGGCAGCGACAGAAGCGGCCACAACGUCAGCGAAAUAGCGACUGAAAGCGAUCAUCACCCCGGCGGUUGACAGCCAGCAGUCAGUGCUGCCAGUUUUCCACCAAAAACAAAACAAAAACAACGCAAGUGCUUCCCAAGUUUGAGAAACGAAAGCCUUAAGAGAGGAACAGUGGAGUGAUCUUUUUAAACAGUACAAACCUGUUCGCCAUAGGUUUUUCUUGUGCCGUCCAACCUGCCUUUCGAAGCUCAAGCUCCAGAAACACAACCAACACUGGAAGAAACCUUUAACUGCCAUGAUAAGUGAUAAGUUCACCUUUUGCUGGAGAGAAGAGCCAGAGAGCCGAGCCGUGAAACAGAGAGAAGUAGUAUUUUUAUCCAUUUAGCGAAAAUUUCAAGUAGUUCUACCACUCUUUCUAUCCGAUCAUGAUGUGUCCGUUUUUAGUUUACGUUCGUCGCUCGACUCCGUGUUGGACGUCAUUUGUUACGUGUUUUUCCUAUUUGUGUUUAGAGAUUAAACCUAAUCGAAGUGUCAUUCCUAUGUGCUAAGUUUCAUCUACCGACUAAGAAUUGUACAUUUUUUUUGCGUGAGGUUAAAUUUUGUACAUAUUGAUUUCCUCCCCUAUUAAAACCCUAGUUAUCAAAUAACUAGUCUUCUCGGUUAAACUUUAUCGCGAUUAGUAUACAUGUAUAUAAACAGAUAUAUAUACACACACACACACACACACACACACACACACACAAAACUAG